AUGAACUGCACUAUUAGUUGGAUAGAAACGAAUUCUUCCACCAUUCAAUUACUCGGUUUGUUUCCAAAAGAUCUGAAAAAUGUGUCUAAAUUUGACUUAUGGUCCAAUCACAGUCGAUCAUUAUUCAAAGCAGCUAUUAUCCUAGCAAAUCGAUCUAACUUUACAUUCGGUGGUCACCAUCUCGGCUGGCACGAAUCAACAACUGAGAAUGAUGUUAUGAGUGCCUUGUCUUGUGCAUGUGAAAAAGUUCUAACAUCACACAUUGUUGGUAUUGUUGGACCAGCAUAUUCCAAUGAAGUACGAUUUAUUUCGCCGUUUGCUUAUCGAACUGGUAUCCCUAUUGUUGGCUAUGCAGCAACAAAUCCCGAUCUAUCAGAUUUAACAUCAAAUGAAGCAUUCUAUCGUCUCCCACCAUCCGAUCGUGUUGCUGCUUUCGCAAUAGCAAAAUUAUUUCAAAAUUUCAAUUGGUCAUCGUGUACAUUAAUCAUUGAAAACGAUGAUUAUGGAUAUGGUGGAUUGAAGGUAUUACAAGAAGAAUUUAGUCGAACAUCAAUAAAAAUAAAAAAUCGGCUUAUAUUUGAUCGUACUACGCAACGUUUUGCAUCAAAAAAGCAUCUGUCUGAAACACUUUUAGGUAGCCCAUCUCGCAUUAUUCUCGUAUGGGCAAAUCAAAAUACUACCUAUUGCAUUUUGAAAUAUGCUCUUGAUGCAGAUGUAACUAGUCCAUACUUUGUCUGGUUACUCACAAAUAAUGUUCCAAUGAAUCUAUUUACCGAUCAAGAACAACGUAAAUUAAUUGGGAUCCUAACUAUCGAACCUGUUGUAGCUAGUGUUGUGGGGGCAUCAAGCAAUAAAGAACUUUUGGAUAAAGCAUAUCUUAUUUGGCAAGAAAAUGAUAAUCUGACAUUUCCUGGUGAGAUGGAUGUUAGUAGUUAUGCGUUAUUUACUUUUGACGCUACAUGGACAUUGAUACUAGCAUUACAAGAACUUUGUAAUAUAACAAACGAUAUAUGUCUGAAAAUAGUUCAUAAUUCAUCUUGUUUUAACGUUCAAUUAGUUAAUGGAACUUUACUUCGUUCCAUUAUAAGACAAACAACAUUCUUAGGUGUGACAGGACAUGUGCAAUUUAGUAAUGAAACAACAGAUCGAAUCAACGGUGCUUAUUACAUUUUAAAGAACGUUCAGUCAUUAAAAAAAACUAAAAUCAGAGACUAUGUACCUGUUUUGAAAUGGUGUAGCGACGAAAAUUGGACUAAUCACUCAAAUUUGACGAGUAUCAUGUGGCCAAAUCAACAGUCAACGCAUAUUCCAGAUGAUCAUGCUCUAAUGGCUGGAAAAAAGCUUCGAAUUGCCGUAAUUGAAUCUCCUCCAUUCAUCAUUGUUAAAAAUUCAUCAUCUUUACAUCAUUCCAAUCGCACUAACAGUGUCUCUUAUGUUGGUUAUUCAAUGGAUUUGAUUGAACAUUUACGACAUACAAUGAAUUUUCACUCUGAUAUUACUCUGAUAUCAUCUGAUAUUAGCUAUGACGAAAUAGUUCGUGCUGUAGCUAAUGAAACAUUCGAUGUUGUCAUUGCCGAUGUAACUAUUACAGCACGACGUACACAAAUUGUUGAUUUUUCAACAUCGAUUCAUGAAAAUGUUGUUCGAGUCGUAGUUCGUGCCACUUCUGGUACUAAGGUUGAUUUUUUCUCCUAUUUUCGUCCGUUCUCAUUUACACUCUGGUUAGCAUUAACAGGUGUUGUACUUUAUGCUGCUAUACUCUUGUUUAUAUUCGAAAGAUCUCAAAAUAAACAACUCAAAGCAAGAAGUCUAACAGAUUCAGCUGCAAUGAGUGUCUACUAUUCGACAAGCAGUCUUGUUGGACUUAGUUCAGAUUUUAUUGCAACAACUCCCGCUGCUCGUCUCCUAACAAUUAGUCUUUGGAUUAUAUGUACAAUAUUAAUAGCUACCUAUACGGCUAAUUUAUCUUCCUUUUUAGUAGUCGAACGUUCUAUGCCAAUUAUAUCGGGCAUUGACGAUAUUAAAAAUGCUAAAAUACCGUUUGAUCGAAUAGGUAUUGUCGAAGGAUCAGCGAGUCACGAAUACUAUUUGAAUAAUAUAUCUCUCAUCUAUUAUCCUCUAAAAUCAUCAAAAGAAAUUUAUACCCAUUUACAACUGGGACUAAUUGAUGCUGGUUUAUGGGAUAAUGCUUCUAUUGAAUAUGAAACAUCAAUAAACUACUGUGAUCUAAUGCCAGUAGGAAGAGGUUUUGCUCGAUCAUCAUUUGGAAUAGUAGUGAAAAAAAAUUGGCUUUAUAAAGAAGAUUUAGAUGUAAAUAUUCUAAACUUGAGUGAGUCCGGUAUCAUUGAACAAUUAUCAGCAACAUGGUUUCAGCAAAAGAAAAAAUGUCAAAAACGUGAUGAUGGUCUUAUAAAAUCAUUAGAUAAUAGUGUAACAAUUGAAAUAAUGAGUGGACUAUUAAUUACUUUUCUUCUUAUAAGUUUUGUAUCAGUAUUAUUACAUAUCUGCUAUCAACGAGAAAAAAUAAAAAUGAUUUUUAAAAACAUUAAAGUUAAAAUGACAUUUAUGAAAUGUUCAUAA